GGGUGGAGGGGACGUGGGGGCGGACGCUGCAGAACAUCCUGGGAAAGCAGCAGCACCACACAAACAGAAGGAAGGGCCGCUACAAUUUGCACACUUACUUGCUUUCUGGGACUUGGUCUGGCUUUGUUCUUCACGCUGUAGGAUGCCUGCUGACUUCCCAAGAACUCUCUUGCUGGGACUGCUGGGACUGCUGUGCUCUGCCUCGGCUGCGGGAUGGAACAGAAGUACCGCAAGAGGAAGAACAUUCGGUCUCUUCGACGCGUCCUUCACAGAUGAACCCUUCACACUCGAGGACCUUUACGACCACGACAUGGACUUGAAGGUGAAGCCAAUGUCAAGGGUUGGUAAUGGGACCACGAGGGAGCCUGCUAUCUCGGAGGCGGCGCUGCAGUUCCUGACAGGCCGCGUGUCCACAGUCCUCAUCCCGUCCUUCUACACGCUGGUCUGCUCGGUGAGCGUUCCCAUCAACAUCUGGGCCAUGCUGGCCUUCGCCCGCCGCAUCCGUCCCAAGAAGCCGGCCGCCGUCUACAUGCUGAACCUGGUGUGUGCAGACCUCAUCUUUGCCUUGCUGCUGCCCUUCAAGAUGGCGUACCACUUCGGCGGCAAUAACUGGAUGUUCGGCGAGGUCAUGUGCCGAGUGGUCACCGCCGCCUUCUACUGGAACAUGUACUGCUCGGUGCUGCUCAUCGCCUGCAUAAGCGUGGACCGCCUCCUCGCAGUGGUCUACCCUAUCGACUCCCUGACGUGGAGGAGGCCUGGGAUCGCCGUGGCGGCCUGCGUGACCAUGUGGAUCUUGUCCAUGGCCGCCUCUGUGCCGCUGGUGAUCUCGGAGCAGACGGUGCACCUGAAGGAGCCCAACAUCACCACCUGUCACGACGUCCAGCACAUGGACCAGCUCAUCGGACACUACAAGGUGUACUUCGUCACGCUGUGCUGCGCCCUCUUCGUGGCCCCCCUUCUGGUCACCGUGGUGUCCUACGCUCGCGUCAUCUGGUCUCUGAGCACCGUGCCACAUGGUGUCCCUGCCCGCUCCCGUAGAAGAAGCAGGGCGGUGGUGAUGGCCAUGACGGUGCUGGUGAUGUUCUUGCUGUGCUUCGCGCCCACAAACUGCCUCCUGCUGUAUCACUAUGUGCAACUCCACAGGAGGGCCCGGGACGCUCCCGAAGGCUCCUACGCCGCCUACUUGGUCUUUCUGUGCUUGGGGAGCCUCAACUGCCUCCUGGACCCGCUGCUCUACUUCUUUGGUUCGUCUCAGUGCCAGAGAGAGCUGGCCGGACUGCUGAGGUGUCAGAAGAUAGCAGAGAGCUUCAGCAGGUCCUCGUCGGACUCGUACAGAUCCAGCACCAGAACCAUUCUCAAGUCCGGCCGCACGGACACCUCAAGGAUCAACGCCUCUGUGGCCAAACAGGAUUCUUUGCAAGGAAACCUCGGCGGUCAGUACAAGAAGCUCCUGGUCUGACUACUAGAGCUCUACGUCUAGUUGACCUCAUGGACUUGACGGGUUUUCAGCGUUCAAGCAAACUAAAGGUUCCACCAUCCCGGAAGCCUGUGUGUUUUCAAUGUGGGAACCGGGUCAAGGGUCAUUCAUACUCCUCUGCAACAGUUUUGAUUCAAGGCAUUUCCAAAACUGUACAAGAUGAAGGAUUUAAGGCUUAUUCUUAAAUAGACCCAAGGUGAAAUACCAGUAGCUUGGAACCUGUUUUGGACCACAAGAACCAAAGAUCCUCUAUAUGACAGGAACUACUACUACUACAAAAGACAAAAACACACUAGUUAAAGGAUCCCUGACAUGAUUCAUUAACUGAACAUCAACUUCAACAUCAAUUUUGCUUCAAUAGGUUAAAUAUUGUUUGGACCUUUCCCCGAUGACGUCACUUGCUGCGAGCUACUAUUGUCAUAGCUGGCGCCAUCAACUAAAAAUGUCAAUUUUGCAAAAUGACCAUUGGAACAAGUUGGAACAUAAUUGCAAACAACAUAUAGAGUAACAUAUUGCAGCAAAGAUGAUAAAUCAUGUCAGGGACCCUUUAAAGACGUGUGAAAGUUGCGAUAAUGGCGUAGUAUGUAUCUUUCAUAACUGUGAAUAUCUUUAAAAAGAAGUUAAAAACACAAUGAAGGAAUACUGGAUUUGCACAGGAUUAUUUAAGACGCAAGUGAAACAGCUCCAUUGUCACGUCAGUGAAAAGUCAAUAGUACUUGUAUGUUCUCGUUCUGAUACUUUUAUCUCACAUUGCACUUUUCUUUGCUCGUGUCAACACCUAAGUGAAAAAUAAACGCCUUUUUUAAAGCA